UGGACCAGGGAAACGCGCACACGGUGUAAGGACUCACGUCAGACCCCACCUGGCCUCGCUUCCACCCCCAAAGAGUUGUCUGCUUUCUCUUUGGCAACGUUCGGGGUGGUCUUGUGUCAGCUCUUGUAUGCUCAGCACCGUAAGGGUCCAGGUGAUAGAAAACGCCCUCAAAGAUCAAGUGAGAACGUGGUAUGGAGAUAAGGGGACUCGUCUCGAUGCAAAUCAGCUUGUACACCAAGGUGCUACCACCUCAUCCUAUACAACCCCUAAACACGAGCAUCUGCUUGCAUUCAGUAGAGUAGCAAUCAUUUUGGAGGUGAUGUCUCUAGCUCAGGCUGCAGCUGGUGUUUUACCAGUCGCCGUACUUGUCUUACCUUGAACCAUGGCCGAAUACCACGACAAAGCUUUCUCUAUAGGGCUCUUUCCUUUUCAACUCCAUGCAUAGUCCCAUCAUCUUC